AUGUGCUGGGCCUGGGCGCUGGCCAAGCCGUUUUGCAUGCUGCCGGCGCCGCGGCGUUGCGUGAACGUGAUGAGUGCAGGCGCAGCCCGCCGUCUGCGGUGGCAGCACAGGGCGGCCUGCUCCUUGCUCCUCUUCUUCUUCGUCGUCGUCCUGCCUCUUCUCGUCUUCAUGGCCCAAGAAGCAGCGCCAACCUGCUAUGCAGGCGGCCAUCAGGAUCCGGCGCAUCAUGUCGGAGAGGACCCGCGCUCACCGCCGGUAACGAUUCUUUCUGACGAUGGCCGAGAGCAUGCGGAGGAGCAGCAGCAGCUGAUGAGCAGGCUGGGCUCGAAGCCGCCGUGCUGCGACCGCAAGUGCGGCGCGUGCGCGCCGUGCAAGGCCGUGCAGGUGCGCGCCGGCGCCAACUACGAGCCCGUCUGGUGGAAGUGCAAGUGCGGCGGCGCCGUCUUCGAUCCUUGA